CCUUGCGCUUUUGUGUGCGUUCUGGGACAGGUCGUCAAAAGGCGAGGUACUAAAACGCAUGCAAUGUACGCUCUAGCCUUUAUCAAAAGGUUGAACUCUAAAACAACGUAGUACACGAUAUGUUACCUAGCUGUCUGUGUGAGGAAUCACCUUGAGUAUGUUUGAAAAGUAAAUUGCGACGGAAGGAGGGACAUGAGCGUGUCUUUGGUAAAGGAGGACACAACCUGACAAACCGGAGUUUCUCUCUCAGCAUGGCCACGAACGGGAUGUUUGUUGUUUGUUGUUUCACGGCCGCCUGGUUACUUUUUGUGUGCCAUGGGUCUUCCAUUCGGCCAGAUGUGUUUGAGAAGAUUAAUUUUGAAUCUGUGCGUGUGGAUGUGGACCUUGAUCGUGUGAUUCAUAGAGUCAACGAACGUUUUCUCUCCGUGGCCAUCGAUGCCAGUCUGGUCGCCGAAGAGAAGUUUAUGUACCUCCUGGCUUCUCCUAAGUUGAAGACAUUAUCUAGCGCACUAAGCCCUGGCUUUCUGCGAUUUGGAGGGACCAAACAGGACUUCAUGGAAUUCAAUCCUUACAGUUACCACGGACGUCCAAAAAACUCCUUUCCUCAUCUUGGGGACAUGUGUAAGAAAUUACAACUCCCGCCAGCGUUGGAGGAGAAUCUCAAGAAAGAAUGGAGUUUUCAGGCACUUCUCUUGCAGCAAGAGGAACGGAAGCGAAAAUACAGAAAAGUCCGAUUUACUGAGUAUGCGGUGGACUUGCUGUAUUCCUUUGCUAACUGCACUGGACUGGAUCUCAUCUUUGGCUUGAAUGCUUUGCUAAGGACCAGCGGAAACUCCUGGAACAGUCAGAAUGCCAAGAUGCUGUUGGACUACUGCGAAUCCAUGCAGUACAACAUGUCCUGGGAACUAGGCAAUGAGCCCAACAGCUAUCAGAAGAAGGCCGGCGUCCGGGUCGAGGGCUCCCAGCUGGGUCAGGACUUUGUCCACCUCCGCAGGAUUCUGAGCGAGUCCAAACUGUACCAGUCCUCUGGGCUCUAUGGACCCGACAUCAGCCAACCCAGAGAGCACCGCCGGGACCUGUUAGAGGGUUUUCUAGAGAAUGGAGCCGAGGCAAUCAAUGCCUGCACCUGGCAUCACUAUUAUGUCAAUGGCAGAGACACGUCAUUGGAAGACUUUCUGGAUCCUAAUGUGCUCGACACGUUGGCCACAAAGAUAUAUGAAGUGCACAAGACUGUAGAUGCCGUCUCCCCUGGGAAGAAAGUUUGGCUGGGAGAGACUAGCUCGGCAUACGGCGGGGGAGCAAUAGGAUUAUCGGACACGUUCGCUGCCGGGUUCAUGUGGCUGGACAAACUGGGCCUCAGUGCUAAACUGGGCUUGGACGUCAUCAUCAGACAGGUUCUGAUUGGCUCAGGAACAUACCACUUGGUGGACGAUAACCUGGAUCCUCUGCCCGACUAUUGGCUCUCUGUUCUGUAUAAGAGACUGGUUGGUCCUGAGGUUCUUAAUGUGUCCGUGCUCUCCACUCUAAAAUCCAGGAAGCAUUUGAGACUGUACGGCCACUGCACCAAUAGACGAAGCGCAAGCUAUAAGAAGGGGGCCGUCACCUUGUUUGCUCUGAACCUUGGUAAGGGCACUGCUGAGAUAAGUCUCCCGGCUCACCUUGCCAACAGCACCGUGGAGACUUUUGUGCUGGAGGGCCCAGAGGCUGAGCAACAAGGACUUCUAUCAAGGUCAGUGAAGCUGAACGGCGUGGUGCUGAAGAUGGUGGAUGACAGGACGCUGCCUGACCUGCGGGGCGUCAGUCAUCACGCGGGGGAUCCUCUCCGGCUGCCGAGGUUCUCGUUCGCUUUUUACGUCCUGACUGAAGCACGCGCGCCAGCCUGCUGACGAGCACCACCAAGCACACAUGCAGGCAGAUGCACACCCACACAUCUCACAUGACACUCACACAUUUCACAUGACGCACGCACGCACGCACGCACGCACGCACACAC